CUUUUUUUCUUUUUAUAUUUUUUUUGCCUUGAGUAGGUAUUCUCAUUUUUGCAAUUCAACUCUUUCUCUCUUUCUAGUGCCUACUGGUCAUCUGACGAAUCUGGGGUUUCUCAAAAGUCAUGAGUGGGAAAUCAUCAGCUCGUUUGGAAAAAUCGGGGAAGAACAAGACGAUCUCGCCGGUGGAUACUGCCGGAAUAAGCAAUUUGUUUGCUCAAGAGGGUAUUUUGGCGACAAAACAUGAAAUUCUCAAGGAGAAUCAUGAGAAUCUGCUCAACGAUUACAAAAUCCUUGAAGAAAAUUUUAAGCAUGUCAAUGAGAUGAAUGAGGUGAUGAAGUUGCAUCUUGAAACCCCGAUCAAGAAGCUCGAGGCGAAGAAUCAGCAGUUGCUCGAGGAGUUAGAGAAAGAGAGGAGUGAGACGGAGGAGUAUAAGAAGGAGAUGAAGAGAAUGGAGAGUGAGAAAGAGGCCCUCAUCAAUGAAAUGAGGGUUAAGAAUCAGGAGCUCUUGAUUGCGAAAGAGAAAGGAGAGGAGGAGCUUAAGAUGAUGGUGGACAAGUAUGGUGAAUUAAAAGUGAGAUCUGGUGCGUUUGAAUCACAAUGUUCAUUCUUGAAAUCGCUCUUUGAUGCUAACAAUCACACCAGUCUAGGAUGUAACGAUGUGUCUUUCACGGAUGAGGUUACUGUGGUGGAUGAUGAUCAUAAUGUGACUGGCAAGAAUGAGGAGGCUAUUGUGGUGGAUGAUCAUCAUAAUGUGACUCUCACGAAUGAGGUUAUUGUGGUGGAUGAUGAUAAUGUGACUUUCAAGACUGAGGUUAUUGUGGUUGAUGGUCAUAAUGUGAAUAAUAACACUGCAGCAGAUGCGAUUGUGAUCAGUGACGAGAGUGAUGCCGAAAAUGAUAAUCCUACUCCAAGAAAGAGCAACAUCAUCCCUCAAUGGCCUGUUAAUAUAAAACAAGAACAACAAUCCGAUGUACCAAACUCAUCAAAAGCAAAUGAUGUAUUGUCGUCAUCUUCGUCUUCAUCUUCAUCAUCAUCAUCAUCAUCAUCAUCAUCAUCAUCAUCAUCAGAUGAAUAUGUAUCAGUUCAGCUUCCCGUUAAAAGGUCCCGGGAUGAUUAUAACAAGUCUUGAAAGCAGUGAACACAGAGUUCGAAGUUGAAGUUGCUCACUCUUUAAGUUAAGCUAGUGUAAGGUGUAAACUUAUCAUCAGUCUCCGGUGUAUUGUUUUUUUUUGUCCCGGAGUUUUAACAUUUUUUUUAGGAGCUAAUCCAAAACGAUUAGGUGAAUAUUUUGUUUGUCUGUUUUUGUAAACAGCACAUGUUCGGAUUACUCGGCUCUAUAUAUCAAAUAGUGAAUCUAUCUGAGUUCUUCUUCA